AUGUCCGAGGAGCUGAUAAACACGAUUCAUGAGACAUACGGCUUCCCUUUGGAGCUGGUUCGCGACGCAGUAGCGUCUGCAGGUGAUGACGUAGACUCCAUCUUAGACUAUAUAGCCGCACAGCAGCCUACAGAGAUGGGUGACGAGGUUCAGAAGGAGCCAGCCCCUGAGGAUCCAAAGCUUAGCGGAAGCCCGCUUGCUUCGGGAGUUACGCAGAACAGUGUCUCGACUCAUUCUCCAGGUACCCAAUCAUUCUCACCAGAGGAGUUAAGAAUACGACGACAAAAAGCGGAGCUUGAGGAAAUCAAGCGGGAAAAGCAGAGGGAAAAGAAUAUGAAGGCUCAGCUCCAUGACCGCAUCCGUUAUGAGAUGGAGGCCAGAAAGCAUGAGUCAGAGGAGCUUUGCAAGCGUAUGCAGCAGCAGUACACAGAAAUGAGAGCCGCUAUGAAGUCUGACGGUCCCUUGGGAAGCUCUGAGGAUGUUUUCCCAGAACACACUGACUCUACCGCUGCAUGCUCGGGGUCUGCUUGUUGUGUUCGUAAUACAUCAGAUCUCCAAACAGUGGCUGUCGUUGAAGGUGUUAUAAAGGUCAAGGCCAUCAAAACAAGCGGUGGGGCCCCGAAGCAAGUCUCCAUAAGGGUUGACGAGACCAUGGAGGCUCUAUUUGAUAGCCUAGAACUUCUGGAAACGGAAAGCCUAUGGUACCCCGCGGCCUCUGUCCUCUACUCUCGUACCUCUCUAAGCGGGAAGACACUGAAAGAGCUGGGCUUUGUAAGCAACACGCUUUUUCACAUUAGGUCGUCUCUGUCUUAA